UUUCACCGUACUGUGCUGGCUUUCCUAAGCAUACGGGCUGACUGGACAGAAACAAGCUGUGCAGUGGCAGGAACUGGAGCAGGGGGGAUGGAUAUCACUGAAUCUUGUCAACAGGAUAUGUUAAAAACGGUACCAUAAUGCAAAGCAGAAAGUGACGUCACCCAUCACGGCACCGGUCUGCCACAGACAGCUGACGAUUUCUAGACUAGGGCUCCCAGCUCUGUACGGCCCUACAUUGUCGAAACGUUGUCUACGUCUACAGUGUUUAAAUGGCGAAAACCUACGAUUAUCUCUUCAAGUUGUUGCUCAUCGGAGACAGCGGAGUCGGCAAGACAUGUCUGUUGUUCAGAUUCAGCGAGGACUCCUUCAAUACCACCUUCAUAUCCACAAUAGGAAUAGACUUCAAAAUCAGAACAAUAGAGCUGGACGGAAAGAGAGUCAAACUUCAAAUUUGGGAUACUGCAGGGCAAGAGAGGUUCCGCACCAUCACUACAGCUUACUACAGGGGAGCAAUGGGCAUAAUGUUGGUCUAUGACAUCUGCAAUGAGAAGUCUUUUGAAAACAUAAAAAACUGGAUUAGAAAUAUUGAAGAGCAUGCCUCGUCUGAUGUGGAGAAGAUGAUCCUGGGUAACAAAUGUGAUAUGACUGACAGGAGACAGGUGUCUAAAGACAGAGGAGAAAAACUGGCUAUUGAUUAUGGAGUUAAGUUCUUGGAAACCAGUGCAAAGUCUAGCUUAAUGGUAGAAGAGGCUUUUUAUACCAUGGGAAGAGACAUAUUACAUAAUCUGAGCUCAAAGACAACAGACAAUAAUGCCGGAGGAACAGGCAAACCAGUGAAGAUCACAGAGAAAAAGUCGAAGAGAAUAAAAUUCUUCAAGUGUUCGCUCCUCUAGGCUGCUCAUUGUUCGCAGUCCUAGUGAGACUUUGCUGUUUUGGAAGUUUCUUGCCUCCCGAGCUUCCCUGUAGCUGUGGCAGCAGUGGUCAUAUUGAGAGGGCCUUACUGCCAUCUGAAGCUCACAGGUUCGUGAGUGGUUGGGAUGCCGUCCUGAUCUGCUGACUAGAAGAGGAUCAACCAGGAAUGAGGCCUGAUAAUGUUUAUCUGCUCAUGUGAAAGACUUGUGCAUAAUCGCCAGCACUGGUUCGGAUCUGGCCGUACAGUUUCUGCUCACAGGAGGCAGUGAUACUGUUGGCUUUUUUGAUACCUCUGUAGGAAUUCAUGAGAAUAUCUAAGUUACAUAUAGUUGUCUUAUAACUGGAGAAAAAAUGAAAAAGUUCUUUCAUAAACUGUAGCAUUGUUUUAUACACACUACUUAUUGUCAUAUUUACUAUUAUAAUGCCAUCAAGUCUCAGCAUUGAUUGUAUUUGUGUAAAUUCAUAUACUGUAAAUUAAUAGGCCUAUAGUCUACUAUUGCACUGUCAUCAUUUCUAUUUGUGCCUAGAAGGAGUCACAGGAUUGUGAUAGAAAAGACAGAAACAUGUAGAAAUAUAACCGACUGUAUUCUCAUGUAAUUUUUAUUAUUUUUAUUGAAACCUUUAUUCAUACAGAUUUCUGUGUCAAAAUGAAAAUGUGAAAGGUUGGUUGUUUCUUGUGAGCUGUACUUACUACAUAAUGUUAUGCGAUUGUCAGUAUUUGCAUGAAAGCUGUAGGGAUACUUCUGAGUGGGUCAUUAUUAAGCACAUGUUACAGUAUCUGAAAAGAAAAUGUUUACAGACAGUAUUUAAAAGUGUGAAUCAUAUAUAGGAAGUUUGUGUUUUUGCUGUUCACAUAGUCUAUAUGUCAGUACAACUGUCCGUUGUGUAUAUACUUUAUUUUCACUUUAAACUGUAGGUUUCCAUUACAUCUCCAGCAUGCAAAUCAAUAUGCAGACACAUGCAACAUGCAGGGGAAAGCUGUAAUGUGAACGAUUAAAAGCUGCUGUAUGUGAAAAGUAAAGACAGUAAAGAAAGUGGAUCUUUAAAA